CCCACAGACACAGACAUGACCAAGACAGCAGCCAUAGCAGCAAAGGACUUCUUCAGUAUGUGGUUGCCAGAUAUCAGGAUGUCGAAGGCAGUCGAGGUCGAGAAAAUAGGGUCUGACUCACCGUUGGACAGCACAGAUUCAGAGCGGAAUGGGCCUGAAUCAAAUCACCAGGCUCACUCAAUGAAAUACAAUCCCUUUCCCCUUUCACCGACCCUGAGCAGCAGCAAGAAUAAGAUGGAGGAGUGUGGUGAGAUGUCCCCGGCUCUUCCUCUGUCUCACGGCCCGACCCCCUCACAGACGGCCAUGCAACAUACACAGCUCAUGCUGACCGGCUCCCAGCUAGCAGGGGACAUCCAGCAGCUGCUGCAGCUUCAGCAGUUGGUGUUGGUGCCCGGCCACUCGCUCUCGUCCUCUGCCCAGUUCCUCCUCCCACAGGCACAGCAGGGCCAGCAAGGACUCUUAUCGACACAAAAUCUCAUCUCGCUACCUCAGCAAAACCAAGGGAGCCUGCUGUCUGCUUCAAAUAGAAUGGGACUCCAAGCACAUCGAGAUAAGUGUAUGGAGGUGAGCGGCGUGACCACGGUGCCCUCAGUGACCUCUCACCCCGAGGAGCCGAGUGACCUGGAGGAGCUGGAACAGUUCGCCCGCACUUUCAAACAGAGACGCAUCAAACUGGGAUUCACACAGGGAGAUGUCGGUUUGGCCAUGGGGAAGCUGUAUGGCAACGACUUCAGUCAGACCACAAUCUCUCGCUUUGAAGCCCUCAACCUGAGCUUCAAGAACAUGUGCAAGCUGAAGCCACUGCUGGAGAAGUGGCUCAUUGAUGCAGAGACCAUGUCCAUAGACUGUACCUUGCCCAGCCCCAGCUCCCUGUCCUCUUCUUCUAUGGGCUUUGACGGGCUUCCUGGUCGCCGCCGAAAGAAGAGAACCAGCAUCGAGACGAAUGUACGCGUGGGCCUGGAACGCGCAUUCAUGGCGAACCAGAAGCCUACCUCAGAGGAGAUCCUAAUGAUCGCCGAGCAGCUCACCAUGGAGAAGGAGGUGAUCCGGGUCUGGUUCUGCAACCGCCGACAGAAAGAGAAACGCAUCAAUCCCUGCAGUGCCACCCCUCCCCUGCCCAGCCAGCCCCCCACUGCCCCACCAGCGCACAAACCACCCUGCUACAGCCCUCACAUGAUGUCCAGCCAGCUGUCGCAGGCCGUGACCAGUCUCAGCACAGCAGUGACCGCCAUGUCCCCCGGCUGCCCCCAGACUUCCAGCCUCACCUCCACCCACCCCUCUCUCAGCUCCGCAUCUUCCCCGGUGACUCCUCCUCCUCGCAGCACGGCCAGCCCAGCCACUCCCAGCCACAGCACACUCAACCUUAACACAGGCUUAUGGCGUAUGGGUAAAAAGAACGGGGACGUGUCUAACUUCAUCACCGAUUUCGCUGCAAACUUGAGGAACACUGUGAUGGGAGUUAACACAGGGAUGAACCAAGGCCUCCUCGGUAACAAUCCCCUGGCCACUAUCCAAGCCCUAGCAGCCAGUGGUGGCCAGCUGCCUCUUUCCAGUCUUGAGGGGGCCGCUAAGAUGAUGCUGGGGGUCUCUGGGGGCCAGGGAGGGUGCCUCCCCUCCUCCCUCUUCCUCAACCACCCCGCCUUCCUCCACUUGGGCCAAAACCACGGCGCUGGACUGAUCAGUGCUGCCCUCGCCAAAGCCUCCCAGGCCUCCCCCUUCCCUUCUGCCAGCAGCAUAAGCCCCACCCCCUGUUCCCCCUCCCCCUGCUCUAGCCCCGCCUCUUCCUGCUCCUCCAGUGAAAUGGCACACAGCCCGUCCUCUCUGGGCGGAGCCAAGAUCGAGUGACCGCGCCAAGGGCCAAUCAGAGAGGAGGAGGAAGGAGGAAACGAGAACCUCGCCUUUCACACCAAAGCUAUCUCUUUCUCUCUUGCGCUCUUCUUCCGUUAUUUUUUUCGC